AUGACAAUAGGGAGCAUGGAGAACGUGGAGGUCUUCACUUCUGAGGGCAAGGGCAGAGGUCUGAAGGCCACUAAGGAGUUCUGGGCUGCGGAUGUCAUCUUCGCUGAGCGGGCUUAUUCCGCAGUGGUUUUUGACAGCCUGGUUAACUUCGUGUGCCACACCUGCUUCAAGAGGCAGGAUGCGAAGCUCCAUCGCUGUGGACAGUGCAAGUUUGCCCACUACUGUGACCGCACGUGCCAGAAGGAUGCUUGGCUGAACCACAAGAAUGAGUGUUCGGCCAUCAAGAGAUACGGGAAGGUGCCCAAUGAGAACAUCAGGCUGGCGGCCCGCAUCAUGUGGCGGGUGGAGAGAGAGGGCACCGGGCUCACCGAGGGCUGCCUGGUCGCUGUGGAUGGCCUGCAGAACCACGUGGAGCAUUUUGGGGAGGAGGAGCAGAAGGAGCUGCGGGUGGACGUGGACACCUUCUUGCAGUAUUGGCCGCCCCAGAGCCAGCAGUUCAGCAUGCAGUACAUUUCGCACAUCUUCGGCGUGAUUAGCUGCAAUGGCUUCACGCUCAGUGACCAGAGGGGCCUGCAGGCGGUGGGCGUGGGUAUCUUCCCCAACCUGGGCCUGGUGAACCACGACUGUUGGCCCAACUGCACCGUCAUAUUUAACAACGGCAAUCAUGAGGCAGUGAAAUCCAUGUUUCACACCCAGAUGAGGAUUGAGCUCCGGGCCCUGGGUAAGAUCUCGGAAGGAGAGGAGCUGACAGUGUCCUAUAUCGACUUCCUUAACGUCAGCGAAGAGCGCAAGAAGCAGCUGAAGAAGCAGUACUACUUUGACUGCACCUGUGAGCACUGCCAAAAAAAGCUGAAGGAUGACCUGUUUCUGGGGGUGAAAGAUGACCCAAAGCCGUCUCAGGAGGUGGUAAAGGAGAUGAUACAAUUCUCCAAGGAUACCCUGGAAAAAAUUGACAAGGCUCGCUCUGAGGGUCUGUACCAUGAGGUUGUGAAAUUAUGCCGGGAGUGCCUGCAGAAGCAGGAGCCAGUGUUUACCGACACCAACCUCUACACGCUGCGGAUGCUGAGCACUGUUUCCGAGGUCCUCUCCUACCUCCAGGCCUUCGAGGAGGCCUCCUUCUACGCCAGGAGGAUGGUGGAUGGCUAUAUGAAGCUCUACCACCCCAAUAAUGCCCAACUGGGGAUGGCUGUGAUGCGGGCAGGGCUGACCAACUGGCAUGCUGGUAACAUCGAGGUGGGGCACGGGAUGAUCUGCAAAGCCUACGCCAUUCUCCUGGUGACCCACGGACCCUCCCACCCAAUCACCAAGGACCUAGAGGCCAUGCGGGUGCAGACGGAGAUGGAGCUGCGCAUGUUCCGCCAGAACGAGUUCAUGUACCACAAGAUGCGCGAGGCUGCGCUGAACAACCAGCCCAUGCAGGUCAUGGCCGAGCCCAGCAGUGAGCCAACCCCGGCUCUGUUCCAUAAGAAGCAAUGAAGCCCUGUCUGGUGGGGGCGGGCUCCGUGCCUGGGGAACUGGGGAGACAUUCUGGAGGGAGUGGGUUUCUGGGAAGACCCUUGAUGAGGAUGUUCACUCUUGUUGCUGUGGGAAUGUACUGUCCUGUGUUCCUCAGGUCAUUUUGGUUCAUUAAACUUAGUUCAGUUCAGCUGAACCCUAUCCCAGGCCCGCCUAGCCCAGCUU